GUGGUUGUCUUAAUUAUUGAAACACAGUGCAAAAAUUAUACUGAAGAUCUAAUACACAUGGAGUACAAUAAAUUAGUUACAAAGAAGCUCAUUGCUAAGAGGGAAGUUAAGUGUAACCUGGAUGAAUACAAUUUAGGAGCUAAGUGUUGCAAGAAAUGUGAACGUGGUUUUGUUAAAAAUGUCGGUUGCCCGACAGAUGCUAGCAAACACUGUGUUCAAUGUGAAAAUGGAAAGGACUACAUAGAUCAUGACAACGAUUUAGAGGAGUGUUUGAGAUGUUCUUCAUGUGACAGGAUAUUCGGAUUGGAGGUUGCGAAGAACUGUACCUCAACACAGAACACAGAAUGCACCUGUGCAGAGAACCAUUUUUGCAAUGCAUCUGUACCAUGUAGACACUGUGACCCAUGCACCGUAUGUGAAAGUGGCAUAAUUGAAAAACAGUGUACUUCAACUUCGGACACCGUGUGCGGAAUGAAAGAUAAAAGAAAACAGAAGCAUCUUACUAGCAAAAAGAUCAUAGAUGUCUCCAAAUCAGACAUUUCUCAUGAGGAUGUGCCUCUUGUAUACACAGAUGUUGACCUGAGCAGCCAUGUUGCUGGUAUCGUGGAGGAGAUGACACUCCAAGAAGUCAAGACAUUUGUCCGUAGUCACAACAUCCCAGAACCUGUCAUAGAUCAAACUAUUCGGGAUUUUGUUAAUGAUACAUCUGAACAGAAGGUUAAGCUGUUUCAAGCCUGGUAUCAAAGACAUGGGAUAAAAGGAGCCUAUGGAACCCUAAUAAGCAGCCUGAGAGAUUUUAAAAUGUGCGCUGCAGCUGAUAAAAUUGAGAAAAAACUGAAGGCAACUGUUUCCAGCUGUCAGGAGAGGGGACAGCCUUGUAACGGCGACACUGAGCAAACCAAAACCUGCCCCCAGGAAGGUAAAAAUUCUUACAAUGACAGUGCUGAGCUAAGUAAGUCCUGUUCUGGUUGUUUGGAAGAGACAUAG